AUGGCCGCCGUUGCUGUUCAGAACCCUCCAGUCCAGGCCGAGUCCAAGUCGGCCAAGAAGAAGAAGGCAAAGUUGGAGCGCACCGAGUCCCCUGCUCCUGCUUCUGUCGGCACGCCCGCAGAAAAGCCCAGCUCGGUAGCCGGUGAUGGCGAGGAGGGAGAGAACCCUUAUAUCCGCGACCUGCAAAAGAACAUUCGUAACGUCAACAAGAAGAUUAGCAACAUUACCAAGACCGAGUCCGUCAUUUCCGAGCACAAGGGCAAGACGUUGGACGAGCUUGUAAAGCUGAAGAUUAUCAACGCCGACCAAAAGGCCUCCAUCCAAAAGAAGGAGGGUCUGCAGGCGCAGCUAGCCCAGCUUGAGGAGCAACUGAGCCAAUACAAGAAGAUAGACCAGGAGUUCCGGACACGGACCAACCAGAUCAAGACCGAGUUGGAAAAGACUUUGUCCGACCGCUACGAGAAGGAGAAGGCGGAUGCGGUGGCUGAGGUCAAGGCGGAGUUCUCCGCUGCGGUCGACAAGUCUCUGCAUGAUAGCUUGCUAGUCAUGUCGCAGUUCCUCCGUCUUGCAGCUGCACGUCGCGGAGAGGAGCAUGACCCCGAGCUUGACGAGAACCGCGCCCUGGAGGGUGUCCUGUUGCAGGUCUACUCUGGCGACGAGGAAGGCGUAGCAACCAUGCUGAAGCUGGUUCAGGGCUCGUCUGAGAAGGCCAAAAGCGUGGCAAACGAGCCUCUUGAGGCAACCUUUGCCCAAAUCAAGCAGGCUGCCGUUGCCCAUGCCGUGCCGCUGUACACCGAGGGCGCUGCUGCCGAGUCGGAGAUUACUGAACCUGCCACAGACCCCACUGUCGCCAACGCUGGUCUGACCGAGAUUGACGCUGGUGCAGAUGUCGCUGUCACCAACGGCCAUUCCGCCGAGGCUUCCGCCGGGAGUGCCAACGCCGGUGCUCCUGCGAACGCUGAUGUGGGUGAGGGCGCUGCCAAUGCUGCUGCUGACUCGCAGUGGGAUGCUGGCAAUGCCAGCAUGUCUGCCUCCCAAGAAUGGGUCGAGGUUCCGCGAGAGCCUGCCGAGACCGACAACGGUCUCAAUGCCACCCCUGCCGCUCCCGCCAACACUCAGUCGUGGGCUGACGAUGCUGCAGACCACGCCGCAGAGGCUCCUGCUGUCCCCGCCGACCCUAACGAUGGUUUCCAGUCUGUUCAGGGACGUAAUCGUGGCCGCGGAGACCGAGAGGGGGGCAACUGGCGCGGACGGGGCAACUACCGUGGCAACCGGGGCUUCCGUGGAGACGGCCGUGGCCGUGGUCGCGGUCGCGGCAGGGGAGGCAACGGUGGUCAGCACCACCAGCAACGCAACACCGAUGAAUCUUAG